AUGAGUAAUCAGCAACAAACUGAUAAAAAACGUAGCGAAUAUCUUAGACUAGGAGAUCUUGCAUUUCAAAAAGCUGAAAAGAUUAACAGUGAGGUUUUCUCCUUGUUGUAUGGCAGCUUAGUUGCACAACUUGUAAAGGAUCUUGAGCAUGCUGACAUAAUUAAUGAGAGACUAGAAAAAAUUGGAUAUAAUAUUGGAAUACGUCUAGUUGAUGAAUUUUUGGCAAAAUCUGGGAUAUCAAACUGUGAAACAUUUAGAGAUACUGCAGAAGUAGUGGCCUGUGUUGGGUUAAAAAUGUUCCUGGGAAUUACAGCUGAGACAAAAGAAUGGAACAAUCAGGAAACUUCAUGUAUACUCUCUUUAAGUGAAAACCCAUUAAUUGAUUUUGUUGAGCUACCACCUUGCUACAAUUCAUGUCUAUAUUAUAGCAAUAUAAUUUGUGGUGUUAUUAGAGGAGCCCUAGAACAGCUACAAAUGCAAGUUACUUGCUACUUUAAAAAAGAUGUUCUUAGAGGAGACAAUAACACAGAGAUAUUUCUCGAACUAAAAGAAAGAUUACAUGAGGAGUUCAUUGAUGAUGAGGCGGAAUCCUCCGAUUAA